CAAAAUUCCAAAUGAUAAGAUAAAUAUAAAACGAAACAUCAAAUAUGUUGGCGGAUGGUCGAAUUCGUGUGUCACUGUCCUUUUGGUGCACAAACAGUCAAGACAGUUUACAUUUUCCGACAAAAAAUAUUGGGACAAGGCGGUGCUACUCACUUUUGACUAACAUCAAAUCCGUUGCAGAAGCAGAAUUUGUUGGAACCACAAAAAGAAUCAACAUGGAGACGAGACCAAAAGCCGAGAUCAAGACUGCAGACAUGUCCGAAAACAUGCAAUGUCAUGCCAUAUACUGCGCUAUCCAGGCCAUGCGAGACUUCUACGUCCAGAAAGACAUCGCAGCUUACAUAAAGAAUGAAUUUGACACCAAAUUCGGUCCAACAUGGCAUUGUAUCGUCGGACGCAAGUUUGGGAGCUACGUUACUUACGAGCAUUAUAUUCAUUUCAAUCUUGACCUUGUGGAUAUUUUCUUGUUCAAAUUUGGAGAAAUGAACGCUUUGAGAAAAUGCAUGCCUGAAAUCAACUGCAAUGAUAGUGCAUGAGACAUUUUAUGCGCAAACAAUGUAGAAAUGUUUGAUCCAGAAACUGUUAACCAAACUGAUGAAGUAGAAACUAACAACCGGGAAAGGAAUGGGUGCAAUACAAACAACAUGCAACUUGCACAUCGUAUACAGACCUCAGACGCAAAAAGACUACAUCACUAAACUGUGGAACUCUUCAAACUGGUUGACAACGGAUCCGUUUCGGCAUUAGACUUUCUUAAGCAUAUGAUGCCGACACACAUUUGUUCCAAAAAGGUCGUGAAGAUGUUGCCAGUCAUUGAAAAGGAAAAUCUUACUUCUUUGGCUGUGACAUUUUGUUAACUGGAACACAUUUGUCAUCAUGUACGUAAUCUGUGAUAUAUUGGAGACAGAUUUCAGAGGGACUUCAGUGGUCAGAAACGUGUGUAAGAAAACAAUGAAACGCCCACGCCAUCUUUAAAGUUUGAAAAAUUAUGUUUUUAUCAUUUAUUUACUGUUUGUCAUGACAGGGGUUAUUUAAGAGAUUUUUUGAAAAAUUGAAAGAAAGUUGUAAGCUUUUCAUUUCUCAAAUAAUCAAAUUUCCCGCCAUUUUCAUUUUAAAAGUUGAAAUUUUUUUGAAAUGUAUUUUCCUAUGGACCAUUUUCAUGCAUAAAUGAGUUCAUUUUUCGUUUAUUUAUGAACCAAUUGUCUUUUUUCGGCAACAAAACAUGUGAGGAUGAAUGCCAAGCAUUGGUUUAAAUUAUACCUUAAGCAAAGGAACGUGUGACCUCUAAAACAAUUCACGAUUUUUCAAACAAAAGUCCUUGAAAACCACUUUUUAAAAGUUUUUUUAAAGUUUUAAGUUUCACAUAUCACACUUUGACUAUCCACCUGCUGAUUAUAUUUAUCAUCUGUUAGAUACAGUUCAGUUUAUUCACAUAUUUUUCCAAUCACUUUCACCCUGCUGUGGACCAGUGUUGUUGUGAACUAAACAUAUAUUAGCAAUAAUCAGGGAUGGCAGAUAAUAAAUACCAG